AUGCCGCCGCAUCUUGUGUAUACGCCGCAUGUAAUGACGGUGACGCCUACAGCUGCGGUGCACAAACCCAUUACUGCCGUGCCAAAGAAAGGGACGGUGCCACCGCCACCUGGUUUCUUUGUGUUGCCGACCCCGGAGGGGCUUCCGCUGCCCUCAAGAAGUACCCCCCUAGACCUGCCGCCAGUGCCAAGAAUGACGGUAGCUGCCGACAGGACGCCUGGCUCUCCUGUGGUUCCUGCCGUACCUGUUGCUGUCCCUGCUGCUCCUUUUAUUUCAGACGCUGCUGUGCCUGCUGUUCCUGCUGUUCCUGCUGUUCCUGUACCUGUUCCUGUCGCUCCUGCUGUUGGUGGUGCUGCUACAGUCUCAGGUUCUUCCGGACAGGUGCAGUCGGGCCCUGUUGCUUCGGCAAACUGCCCCAGCUCCCUCCUGGAUGGAAGACCUGACGUCUGUCCUGCGGAGCCUGGCGAAGAAGAAGAGAAAGAAGAGGAAGGCCAGUGGACGCUCUCGCAGCGGACCAACUGGCUGCUCUGGGUUGACGUGACGGUCGCUGACCAGCCACGGGUUGAGGCGAGGAAGGGGUCCCGAAGCAGGUCGGGUAAACCAGCCACGGCUGGUCAGCGUGGCUCAGACGCGCGAGAGGACGUGGCCGGCUCACGUGACAGCGAGCCUAGCAGGUCGCCUGACCGCCGCUCCCACAGGGACCGGGCGAGACGGUAA